AAACAAAAACCCAAAGAGCAAGAGUUGCAGAAAUAAUAAUAAUUUUCCAUUGAAGCUCAGACGAGAGCUUCUCCAAACAAAUCCAAGCACCUGUUCCACCUAAAAUCUCUCCUCCUCCUUCAACCCAUUUGGACAAUGUCGUCAAAGAAGCAAGCCAUUUUCAUAUCAUCCCUCGUAAUCCUCUGGUACUCAUCCAACAUCGGCGUCCUCCUACUCAACAAGUUCUUACUCUCCAACUAUGGCUUUCGGUUCCCCAUCUUCCUCACAAUGUGCCACAUGGCCGCCUGCGCAAUUCUCAGCUAUUUCUCCAUCGUCUUCCUCAAGAUUGUGCCUCUCCAGACCAUCAAAUCUAAGUCCCAGUUCGUCAAGAUUGCCACUUUGAGCGUUGUCUUUUGUGGGUCGGUUGUGGGGGGCAACAUUUCUCUCAGGUACCUUGCUGUGUCUUUCAAUCAGGCUGUGGGUGCGACGACGCCGUUUUUCACCGCCCUGUUUGCGUAUUUGGCGACCUUGAAGAGGGAGGCCUGGGUUACCUAUGCUGCUCUUGUGCCUGUUGUUGCUGGGGUGGUGAUUGCUAGCGGGGGCGAGCCAAGUUUUCACUUCUUUGGAUUUGUUAUGUGCAUUAGUGCAACUGCUGCAAGGGCCUUUAAGUCUGUUCUUCAGGGUAUUCUACUUUCUUCCGAAGGGGAGAAGUUGAACUCAAUGAAUUUGCUGCUGUACAUGUCUCCGAUUGCUAUUCUAGUGUUGUUGCCUGCUGCACUUAUAAUGGAACCCAAUGUCGUAGAUGUCACUCUGUCACUUGGACGGGAGCAUAAAUUCAUGUGGUUACUUGUUUUGGUUAAUUCAGUAAUGGCAUAUUCUGCUAAUUUGUCAAAUUUUUUGGUUACCAAACAUACAAGUGCAUUAACGCUUCAGGUAUUAGGCAAUGCAAAAGGCGCUGUGGCUGUUGUUAUCUCAAUUCUUUUGUUCAAGAACCCUGUGACUGUUGUCGGCAUUGGUGGUUACAUGGUAACUGUUAUGGGGGUCGUCGCCUAUGGAGAAGCAAAACGGAGGUUCCGAUAAGUGAUCCUUGGCAUUUACCAAAUUCUUCGUCUUUGAAGGCUCAAGUAGUUAGUGAGAUUAUGUGCGCAUAGAUUCUUAGUGAAUAUUGUUAUUGUUUUAGGGGGGAGAGAGAGAGAGAGAGAGAGAGAGAGAGAGAGAGAGAAUUCAUUGUGGUGUUGUAUUAGAGAAAGAAAGAGAAUCCACUGUGGUGGUGUAUUAUUAUGCAUUCAAGCAACUUCUUUGUACCAGAAUCUAUCCUAAUUAUUCAUAGAACCAAUGUAUUUCCGGUCUAUCCGGUUCGUUCGAAGUAAAACUCUUCGAACCGCGGUGGUUAUUACUGGUUUAGUCCAGAUAUUGUCGACUGAAAGUGAAGUUUAUUUGAGGUUUGAUGAAAUCAGGUUAACCGUG